GUCUCUGAUUGGCUAUCGCCACCAGCAAUCGGCAAUGCCACCCAAUCAGCCUCUUUGUUUGGAUGCCACCUGAAAGCGCUGCGGCCUAGUACUGCUACGGCGUAGAAAGGAGCCUGGCGCCGCUGCCGGAGGGGUCCCGGCCGGGUGCGGGUUGGCCACUAUGAGCCGGCUGGGCCCUUUUCUGGUUGCGCCGCGCCUGCUCCGUCGGCCGUGGGUCCUGCCGAGGCGGCCUAGCAGCGUUUCCAUAGUGACGGGACCCUGCGCGGGCCUAGCAGGGCCAGGCGCCGCCGCCUCCCUGUGCUCGGGCCCAGCGGCUCCGAGCCUGGCCAUGGAGGAGCUGCUGAGCCGCUCCGUGCCCCCGCUGCCCCCCUACGAGACGAGGGAGAAGGCGCCGCCGCCGGCCGAGCUCCGCAGCGCGGAGUUCAUGCGCUCCUACAGGGCCCUGGAGGCCGGGCCCCGGCGGGCGGAGCUGCUGGCCCGCCUGGCCCAGGACUUCGGCGUGGACCACGGACGCGUGGCCGAGUUCAGCGCCAAGGUGCUGCAGGCUCGGGAGCAGCAGAGGGAGCCGGGCGCCCUGCUGCAGGCCGAGGACCGGCUCCGUUACUACCUCAGCCCCCGCUACCGGGGCCUCUUCCAGCACUUGGGCCGGCUGGAGGGCGGGCUCCGCUUCCUGAUGGAGCUCAGGGGUGACCUGGUGGAGGCGCUGGCGGCGCGGCAUGCGGAGGGGCCGCACGUCAGGGAAAUGAAUGGCAUGCUAAGGAGCAUGCUUUCGGAAUGGUUUUCUACCGGAUUCCUAAGCCUGGAGCGAGUCACCUGGCAGUCACCUUGUGAAGUGCUUCAAAAGAUUAGUGACUCUGAAGCAGUGCAUCCUGUCAGAAACUGGAUUGAUAUGAAGCGUCGAGUUGGGUCAUAUAGAAGGUGCUACUUUUUUGCCCACUGUGCAAUCCCCAGGGAACCAUUGAUAGUCUUGCAUGUAGCACUAACCAAUGAAAUCUCCAGCAGCAUCCAGACCAUAGUGAAAGAGGUUCCCCCUCUAGAAACAGAAGAUAUGAACAAAAUUACUACAGCCAUUUUCUAUUCAAUCAGUUUGACUCAGCAGGGACUUCAGGGUGUAGAACUGGGGACUCACCUCAUCAAACGAGUUGUUAAAGAACUACAGGGGGAAUUUCCUCAGAUCAAAGUGUUUUCUAGUCUGUCACCUAUCCCAGGAUUCACCAAGUGGCUCAUUGGACUUCUGACCUCACAGACAAAGGAACAAGGGAGAAAUGAACUAUUUACAGAUGCAGAAUGCCAAGAUAUCUCUGAGAUCACAGGUGACCCUGCUACUGAAACGCUAAAGAGGCUCUUAACUAACAACGAAUGGGUGAGAUCGGAAAGAUUGGUCAAAGCAUUGCAUUCACCAUUUAUGAGGCUCUGUGCUUGGUACCUGUAUGGAGAGAAACACCGUGGAUAUGCCCUUAAUCCAGUAGCAAACUUUCACCUUCAGAAUGGUGCUGUGCUGUGGCGGAUAAAUUGGAUGGCAGACACAAGCCCCCGUGGGAUCACUGCUUCAUGUGGCAUGAUGGUAAACUAUCGGUAUUUCUUAGAGGACACAGCAAGUAACAGUGCAGGAUACCUUGGGACAAAGCACAUCAAAGCCUCAGAACAGGUUCUUUCCUUGGUGUCUCAAUUUCAGCAAAAUAGCAAACUUUAAAUAUACAAGAAGAUUUUAAGAGUGAACAUUUCUCAUUUGAAUGAAGGGGUAUGAUAUCUUGGGAUGUCCUUAUUGAAAAGGGAAUGUUUGUAAUAAAACAAUGAGCUCUGUUCUUAGUCACAGCAGGAUGCAAAAUUACAUUAUCUGCCAAAAUUACUAUAACUUUCUUUACUUGCACUGUCAGAUACUCAGAGUCUGAUACAGUAUGGUUGAAUUAUCGCCAUACUUUAUGUUCAGAUGAGCUGGAAGUGUGUAUUAAAGGCUGUGUAAA